UGUCGUAUUCUCCGCGAUUUGUUGCAUUCUCCGCUCUCUCACUCUCUUGUUCAACCAGUGUUAUUGCGGGAAAAAAAUUGCUCUGGUUAUUUUUAAAAACGCGAACAGUCAGCAAUGGACUGUUGAUUCUAGAGCAUUGGAUUUUAUUUUCAUUUAUUUUAUUCAUUAAAUUCACGCUGUGCGUUCAUUAAAAAGGGUGUUAGUUUAUUAUGCUGCGUGAUAAAAGUUCAUAUAAUAGUAAAUAGCUUUGGUGCAAAGUUCAUUUGAAAAUUAACCCGUUCAUCAGGCACAAUGGUUGUUUCAUCGGAGGAAAUUCCUUUAAAUCCAACAAAUUCAGAGACCAAAACUAGACCGAAUCAAUCCAUUGAAUCAAGUUCGUGUUAUGACACAUCUGUCGAUGAUGCUGAGCGGCGCCUAUUGAAUGUUAAUCAACGUCCGGCAGUCGAUUGCACGCGAUUACGAACCAUACCCCAGCAAGAGUCAGCAUUUCACAGUGGUCAAAAUGGGAAAACUUUGUCACCGUUAGAUAUGUCACAGCAGGAUAAAGUGCAUUCUGGUAGUAAUUUACGUGAUAUUAAUGCGAUGUCCGUCGCCAGUAUUUACGAUCGAGAACACAACGAAAUUAUGGACGCUGACAAUGAUAUAUACAAUGAUGUAUCGUUCAGUAAACCACAUGCUCGAGCUAGUCGCGAGCGAGACAGUGUCUAUGAGUUGAAUAUUGUACCCGAAACAUCAGAAAGCAUGGGAACUAAGAAAUAUCAUAAUGCAGAUUGUGAAAGUUGUUACAGUGAACCGCCCGAACCAACCACAUCUGUUCCAAAUUCUCAAUAUGAUUCGUUGUUUUUUGCGGACGGCGAACGAUCAAUUGACUUUGUUAUUGUUUGGCAACCCGUCGAAGAUCGACUACAAGAAGAACUGAAUUGCAUAAAACGUGCCAUUUUUGAAGAUAAUCUAGUAAAUGAAGGUUUGGAAUUAGAACGCGAUGAAAUUGAGCAUCUUCAUUUUACCAAAAUUCACACACCGAUCGAGGUUUUGCGUAGAUAUUCGGAAAUUUUGAAACUGCGAAUGCCCAUGAAAGAGUCAUUGUGUUCAGUUCAAGAACAAAAUCGAUUUUCGAAAAUAUCGAACGCUGCACUUUAUAUCUCAAAUAAGAUACCUGGUUUCCGAAGUGUUCAAAAUACAACAACAUCAGCCUAUGAUAGAUUCAGCGGAUGCUGCAAUAAAUUGUGGAAUUUAAUGUCUGUAGACGAACAACACUUUCCACCGAAAUCAACACGAUUUACAGCCGUAUAUAGCCGUGACAAAGAAUAUUUAUUCGAUGUUCAUCAUAAAUGUUUUUUCACGCCAGCUAUUCGAUCUCGUAUUGUUCAAUUUAUUUUGGAUCGCAAGCGCUUCACAAUGCAAAUUGAUGACGACUAUGCCUUUGGGAUUGAUCGUCUCAUCAACGAAGGAGUUUAUAUAGCCUCAUAUCCAUUACAUGACGGUGAAAUAUCAGUGCCAGGAAGUGUUCGACAUUUAUUGUAUAAAGAAUGGGCUAGCGUUUCAAAAUGGUAUCGCUACCAACCAUUGGACUAUGUAAAGGAUUAUUUUGGUGUUAAAAUUGGACUAUACUUUGCAUGGCUGGGCUACUAUACAUAUAUGUUGCUGUUGGCAUCAAUAGUUGGAAUUGGUUGCUUUUUAUAUGCCAUUUUUACGUUACCGUACGACAUACCGAGCCAAGAGAUUUGUUAUGGAAAUAUGAAAAAUACCACAAUGUGCCCACUUUGCGAUAGAUUAUGUAAUUAUUGGUCACUAGAAAAAUCCUGCUUGCACAUUAAAGUAACUUAUUUGUUUGAUAACAAGGCAACGGUAUUUUUUGCCGUAUUUAUGUCAUUCUGGGCUACGUUGUUUUUGGAAUUGUGGAAGCGAUAUUCAGCCGAAAUUACACAUCGCUGGGAUUUAACUGGUUUUGACAUACAUGAAGAGCACCCUCGACCACAGUAUCUCGCUCGACUGGCUCACGUAAAAAAAGUACGCAUUGAUUAUAUUACAAAUACCAAAGAACCGGAUCCACCAUUUUGGCGAAUGAAAUUGCCAGCGGCUGUGUUUAGUUUUUCGAUCGUUAUUUUAUUGGUUGCCUUAGCGCUAGCUGCUGUCGUUGCUGUUGUCAUAUAUCGAAUGUCUUUUUUGGCAGCACUAAGCGUUAGCACAGAUAAUUUUACCACAUCAAAUGCAAUUUAUAUCACAACGAUAACGGCAGCCUUGAUCAAUUUGUCAUUGAUUUUCGCUUUCAGUUGGCUGUACAUUUGGCUUGCUGAAUGGUUAACUGAAUAUGAAAUAUUACGUACACAAACGGAAUUCGAUGAUUCGUUAACGCUUAAAAUCUAUUUGUUCCAGUUCGUAAAUUACUAUGCAAGUAUUUUUUAUAUAGCAUUCUUUAAAGGAAAAUUUAUCGGUCGUCCAGGAGACUACAAUCGAUUCCUAGGUUAUCGUCAAGAAGAGUGUGGUUUUGGUGGUUGCAUAACGGAGCUGUGUAUUCAAUUAGCAAUUAUCAUGAUAGGUAAACAAGCGAUGAAUACUGUGCUCGAAAUGAUACAGCCUCGCAUUUUCAAAUACUAUAAUUCGCUGAGAGUGCGUUUGUCAAAGCGUAAAAAAAGUACGAGUGCCGAAAAAGACGCACAAAGAUGGUUGCGUGAUCUAAAAUUGGUUGAAUGGGGACCACAAAGUCUCUUUAAUGAGUACCUAGAGAUGGUGUUGCAAUAUGGAUUUGUGACAAUUUUCGUAGCAGCUUUUCCUUUGGCCCCCUUCUUUGCUUUACUCAAUAAUAUUUUGGAGAUGCGUUUCGAUGCUCAAAAGCUAUUAAAAUUCCAUAGACGACCUGUUACACAACGUGUACGUGACAUUGGUGUUUGGUAUCGUAUUUUGGACAGUAUUGGCAAACUUAGUGUCAUCACAAACGGUUUCAUCAUCGCAUUCACAUCAGAGUUUAUUCCACGAUUUAUAUACCAACUCUUCAAGUCAGAAGAUAGAACGUUAACUGGUUACGUUAAUUAUUCGCUGUCUGUUUUCGACACAAGAAAUUUUACGGCAAAGGAAGUACCAUCGAACCCAACGAAUCCAACAAAUGGGGAGUGCAGGUAUGCCGACUUCCGUUAUGGUCCGGGAGAGAAUCACGAAUAUGAUGUUACAUAUGCAUACUGGGUUAUUUUGGCAGCCCGACUUGGUUUUGUAGUACUUUUUGAGAAUUUCGUUGCAGUUGUAAUGAUAUGGGUUCGUUGGGCUAUUCCAGACAUGUCCGCGGAGUUAAGAGAUAAAAUAAGACGUGAAGCGUACAUUACAAAUGAAAUUAUUAUCAAACAAGAAGCUGAACGAGCCCGAAAACUAUCAAAUGUUGUCAUUGCAGAGCGCAUGGGUGACGAUAUUGAACCGGAUGCAGGAAUCUUAAAAGCAGAGAAACUAAUGUCCAGUAAUUUAUGUGGCUCGCAAUUAGACUUAUUUAUGCAUGGUGAGGGCGAUCCAUUCGCUCCGGGGCAUGCCGUAAUAAAGCAAAACGAAAACAGUGCACAUGACAAUGAAAUGAAUAAAAUGUUUUUAGAGUCGGAGAAAAUUGCAUACAAACGCAGUUCAAAGAAUGAUCCAACUGAUUCAAUUGAUAACGAAUCCGGCGAAGCAAUGACAGAAACAUCUGCAUUGUAGAUUAUUAAAUGACAUUAUGCUCGAUACACGACUGACUAUUAGACAUCAUUUUCACUUUAUUGAUGUUGCAUUAAGUUUAUUUCAUUCGCCUUCAAAUUAGUUAAAAAACUAAAACAUUAACGCAUAUAAUUUCAAUUGAUUUUUUCAGAACAAAACGUGGUUAUAAAAUGCCAAAACUAUUAUUUCAUUCGCUUUUUGUCAUUAAUCAAAUGCUUUCAGGGAUUUUGACCAAAGCAGUAAAUUUACAUUAUUAUGCUAGAUAACGAACAAAUAUGUAACGUUUUUAGGACAUUUUAACGUUAAAAAAUGUAACGCUUUAACCCAUUUUUGUGGCAAUUUUCGUGUCAAAUGGAAGGUAGAAUAUAGGCAUAAUGUGAACCACUUUUUCGGCUUUUUCGUGUUGCGAUACACAACAACAUCUUCUGUGUGUUUCGAUUGUUUCUCUUUUUGUUAUUAUAUUCUAAGAAACUGUAGCGGCAAUACAAUGUAAACAAAUGUAAAUAACAUAAACUCGUUGAGUUCAUAAUAUCGUA